CAAUCAAUCCUCUAUUUGAAAUAUUCCAAAUCAAGGAAGACAAACUUAAAUUGUAGGAAUGAAAAAAAAACUGCAUUGCUCUAAAGUAAAAAAAAUGACAUCUAAAUUUCUUAGGAAGGUUUCAGUCUGAAUGGAAAUCCUCAAGUUUGUGAGGAAAAACCAUGAAACAAGCAAAUGCACUCAAUGAAAGAAUUUGUGCGGAUCCAUUCCAUUAAAAUUUGAUUUGAAGGAGGAGAACAGGUAUGAAUCGACUUUUUGAGAUAUUUUUGGGUGUCCCAAUCUGAUGAUAAUUCCAUGAUGUUGGUGGUGCUACUUGACGUUCAUUGUGUUCAUGGUUUGAUGUGAAACCUCACAAUUAGUCCCCAUUAACUAUGCUAGCUUUAGAUUGAUUAUGGAGGUAGAUAGAGAAGAUCUGAAACUUGGGCAAGGUCCACAAAAUGGUGCCUGGCGGAAGAAGGAGGAGACCACGUUCAGGUCCUCCUUGACCAUGAUGUCAUGUUGAUCAUCUCCAUAAUGAGCAAUGAGCAUUUCAUCUUAAGUGACCCCAACACUCAGUUGCCAAUCCAUGUGCGUACUUUUUUCACAGUCCGAGACAAUUGCUACACUAAAACGAAAUCCUGAAGCAGUUUCCUCCCCAAGCUUGAUCAAGCUUGAUCAGUGAGUGAGUACAAGAAGUAUCAAACUGUCCUCUUCCGUUCAGAAUAAGGGCCUGCCUGCCCGCCUGCCUGUUAGAGCGCCCAGAAAGAUCCUCCCAAGUUGAGCACUAUAAAUGGGAUGGACAAAAUGAGAGGAGCAUCAGUUGAUCAUUCUCAACCAAUCCAACAACAUGAAGACCUUCAUUGCCACCCUUGGCCUUGUUGCCCUUGCCGCCGCCGACAACGCUCCCCGUUAUGAGCCCAGAUACCAGCCUAGCUACAAACCCAGCUACGAGCCCAGCUACAAGCAGCCUUCCUACAAGGAAGAGCCCGCUUCCUACCAAUACAACUAUGAGGUCAAGGAUGAAUAUGCCGGUUUGAACUUUGAUGCCAAUGAGGCUCGUGAGGGAUACAACACCAAUGGUGGAUACAACGUGCUCCUCCCCGACGGCCGCACACAGAGGUCACCUACACUGUUGAUGGGUAUGGCGGUUAUGUGGCUGAUGUCCAAUACGAGGGAGAGCCAAGUACGAGUCCUACAAACCCAAGUAUGAGCCCAAGUACCAACCCUACAAGCCCACCUACAAGCCCGCCUACAAGCCCGCUUAUCCCCAGCCUUCUUAUGAAUAAGAGUCUGAUCUCCUCCAAUAUUUUAUUCAAAGACUAUUUAUCUCUAUGAA